UAGGGAUCGCCAUCGGACCAUUCUUAGUUUUUAUUGUUUUUUGCUAUUUUACUCCUUUCAAUGAGGAGGAACUGAGGGAGAAUUUGAAGAAACGAAAACUGAAAUUUUGGGUCUUACAUUUUUGGCUGAGAGAAGAAUUCACCUUUAAACGACCAGAGAGUGUCAUUUUGGUUUGUUGUUCUAGUAAAAUUAGGUCAGGGGAUGGUUUGUUCAGCAAGACACUGCAAAUUAAAGCAGUCUUUCCAAACUGGAACAACCAAUAAGGGUGUGCAGGAAUACAUACAUUACUUUUGGAGGAGGUAUUGAAUCCAAGGCCAUAUUGUAGCCAAUGUCCCUGAGAAGACAAGCCCCAAAAGUAGUUGCUGCACUUGGCUUCAUGGAGAUGGUGGGAUUGCUGAAAUUUUCAGGAAAGUUUUGAAAACUGUUCCAUUCUUUCUUUGGCUUGACUCUUUUCUUCCUAAUGUUGGGUGGAUAUUUCUCAAUUUAUGAGUGGUAAUGAUAACAGUGUUACAGCAGAUACAAAGAAGGAAUUUGUUAUGAAUAAAGUACAUCUGUUAUACAGAAAUGCAAACAGGUAAUGGCAUUUUCCGCAGGCGCUGCACAAUUGAUCAAUGAAACCCUAAUAUGGGAUCCCAUAGAUUGUCAUAGUCUGGAUUGCAAAGAGAAGGUGGAUGAACUCCUCCUGAGCACCCUUAAUUCCAUUAAGUUCUAUAAGAAGGCGAAUCAAAAUCCGUUGCCAUGGUCCGAACAUAGUAGGGAGGAUGAAUUCCUCAUCUAACGAAAUUAAAAUUCUAAGGAAUGGAAGGAACCAAAAUUCGUCCCCCAUGGUUCUUGUCGGAGCACGGUAGGUAGGACGAAUUCCCUGGCAUCAGUAAGGGGUCAAAUCUAUCAUUGUUAGGCGGGUGAAACAAAAUCACUGUUACUUUGCUUUCGUCCCACUCAGGACCGAAAGGUAUCUUGAUUUGAUAUCGCUUGUCUACCUUUAGAUAGAAUGGACAAGUAUUUCAUCAUGGAUGCCCAAUUUUGUAAGGGUGAGUGCGGAAUUAAGUUGUCGUCAUGCCAUAAGUACCAUGCCUAGACCUCUACUAAAGGUUUUGACUCUAGGGGGGACUGGGUUUUUUUGUUGGAUAUGCGUAGGCUAUGAAGUAAGGAGAAGUUGUUGAAUCUUCCUUCUUCUUCUUUUUUUUUGUUCUUAUUUUUUAUUUUUAUUUUUUUGGCUAGAUAAAGUGUUAACUUGAUCAUGGGAGGGAGGCUAAAAAAUUUGGUAUCUCCUUUGUUUCCAAGAAAAAAUUAGUCCAUGCUUAAUUUAAUAACAAAUUAAAUGGUAAUUUCCUUUCCUCAUAGUAAAUUAAUGAGUGGUUAUACCUUCACCCACCUUUAUACCUACCUACUCUCUCCUUUAUACAACUACACCCACCUGGAGGGCCAAAUUGUAAUUUUAACCAUUCCAUUUCCUUCUUAAUAUAAAUGGUAGGGAUUUGACUUUUUAAGUGAGUGGAUUUAUAAUUUCUUUAAUUUAAAUAAAUAAAGGAAAAGAUAUUUAAAAUAUUAUCAGACAAAAAUUUAUCACAUCACAACCAUACUUUUUAGUUCUUACAACACUUAAUAUGUAGGAAAAAGAACCGUUAUUGAUCCGAUGGGUGGUAGUUGAUUAAAUAAAUUAUGAUUAUUUUUAUUUGUAAUUUUAUUAUUAUCAAUGAAAAAAAAAAAAGGUGAGUCUCUGCGACUUGUUUGCCACUUAGAAUGGGGCAUGGAGCUUCACGUCCAAGGUGGGACCCAAGUAGGUGGGACCCAAGUCUCAAACUGGCAUGAGUACUUCGAACGUCAAAACUCAUAAUAUUCAAAACUAAAUUCCCUUGGUGGGUCUCAUUCAUUCCACAAAAAGUUCAGCCAUGGCUGUGUCUUCCACAAAGCCAAAUUCCCAGGCCAACAUCCAAGACACUCAACCACUCCCCAAGAAGCAGCGGACCAAAUCACCUGGAGUUCGAAUCAUUGGAGGCCGUAUCUAUGAUUCUCAAAAUGGCAAGACUUGUCACCAGUGUCGCCAAAAGACCAUGGAUUUUAUGGCACCAUGCAAGAACCAGGGGGAGAAGAAGCAAUGUAGCUUUCGUUUUUGUCAUAAAUGCCUCUUGAACAGAUAUGGAGAGAAAGCGGAGGAGGCGGUAAUGUUGGAUGAAUGGAAAUGUCCCAAGUGCAGAGGUAUUUGCAAUUGCAGCUUCUGCAUGAAGAAGCGAGGCCAUCGGCCAACUGGGAUUCUUGUGCACACUGCAAAGGCAACUGGGUUUUCUUCAGUCUCUGAAAUGCUGCAGUUUAAGGGCUCUGAAAAUUCAGGUUCUGAGAGGUCUGUGCCAGAUGAAGGCACCUCAUUGACAGCUUCAAGUGAGGAGCUUGUGGUGGCCUUAUCAGGAUGCAGAGAGAAAAAUGGUUCUGAUGGAAGAGAUGAUUCGAGAGUGCAGUCAAGGCCUUUGCAAAUGAAUGGCAGUGCAAAAGAAACUAGAAAUAGCAAGUUGAGAUCAAUAAGAAAAAAGGCUGACAAUAGUAUGUGUGAGCAUAAUGGGGAUGAUGGUGCAUCUACAGGGAAAAGUUGUCCUAACAAACCUCGGAUUUCCAAGGAAGUAUCUAAGAAAGAAGGAAAGAUCCACAAAAGGGUCCAAUUUAAUAAAUUGAAUGCUGAUAUGGGUUUUCCCAACAAAACUUCUGCAGAGUCUAUUGAAAUAGAAGAUAACGAGGCUACAGCACCUAGUUAUGCAAAUAUUGAUGGCCGUAAAACCAAGCAUAAGCCAGUGAAAAAAUCAUACAGGUGUAAAAGGAAUACACUGGAAGUCCAAGGCAAAGAUUCUCAUGUUGAAAUCCUGCUGCCUCAGGGCACUCAACUGAGCAGUGUGGCUUCCAUUGACAUGUUGGCUGAGGAUGUUGGGCAUGCCUUGCAAUUCUUGGAAUUUUGUGAAGCUUUUGGACAGGUUCUUGAUCUAAAGAAAGGACAGCCUGAGUUGUUACUCAGAGAAUUGGUAUGUGGACAAAAUAAACUUCAAAGGCUGGCCCCUUCAGUUGUCCGGUUCCAUGUCCAACUGCUCUCUAUGAUACAGAAGAACUCAGAGAACAAUUAUCCUUCCUUAUAUCCCACAAGACGGGGAAAUUCAUGGUUGAAAGCUCUAAGUAGAUGCAUCUCGGAAUCCCGGUUUCCACCAAGGGAACUUCAGUUGGAUUGUGUUGACAUGGAUGGAGAUGGAUACAAUAAGUUAAACUCCUCCAAAAAGCUCAGACUCUUGAAUUUUCUAUGUGAUGAAGCUCUUGGCACAGUAGAAUUAAGGAAUUGGAUUGAUGUACAAAGCUCAAAUUUUAUUGAAAGAGAGAAGAAAGAAAAAGGAAAGUGCUCUGCAUUGGAGAAAAGCAUGAAGAAGCGGCUGCAGGAUGAGAUGACCAAAGCUCUUCUCAUGAAAAAUGGUGCUCCUCUUUCCAUUUCUGAAUAUGAUGAUCUUGUUUCAAAAAUAAAAACGGAAGUAGCCCAGACUUUUGCAGAAACUGUAGAAGCAACAGAUCCCAAGAAGAAACAACGCUCUGAUGCUGUUAGAUCAGAGCCGAUAUUUGUGGAUGGGAACGGUCGCAAGUUCUGGAGAUCGAGUUGCUGCUCUAGUGAUGUGGAUAUUCUGCUUCAAGAUGUUGGAAACAGUGAUCCAGCUACAUACGAGGAAAAAUGGUUUACCUAUCAUGUUGAACAGAAGGCAACAGUUGAGAGCUAUAUUUCAUCUUUAAGGAAGCUAAGAAAAUGAGAAGGAAAAUUGUCCCCCAUGCCCCUUUUUUUUUUUUUUUUGUUCUGGGCAACAGAACCCAUGACUUCUUGGAGGACUGUCGUCUUCUUCUGCUACCAAGGUCUAAAAGAUGAUACCACAACUUUUGAGUGAUGAUACAACUAUCUCCCUGUUGGCUCAACAAUACUGCUAUAAAAGUCGAUUUCUAAGUAGUACCGAAAGACCAGAGGUUACCAUCUAGAGGAUUCAUAGUUAACCAACUAUAGAAAUUUAUGCAUGGCUUAGAGGCCUUUUUGAGGGCAUCUGUAGUUUAUUAGUAGCGCUUUUAUUAGAAAUGUUGUUUAAGAAAAUUGCUUAAUGUGUUUCUUGGAACAUGUUUCAAUAUAUGCAUGGAUAACAAUAAAGUUGUUACAAAGAAA